CCGCAGGUCCAGACAUGCAACACACAUCAGGAAGGAAGGCUGCAUCCGUAUCCGUCUGUGUAAACACUGAUAGCAGGGGAUUACUAACGAGCCGUCACAGUACUUGAGCUAGCUGGUUACAAGUUGAAGCACCUUCAAAUGGUCUCUUAUAUCACAGCAAUGAUGUGAUCUCCUGAUUGCCCCGAAGGAGGGGAGGAGUAGGAGGAGUAAGAGGAAGCUUCCGGAAUGCUUCCCAGCGGGAGGAUGAGGAUGAAGAGGAUCUUUGUGCACGUUUUUGUUGCUCUUCUGUGGGCGACGUUGCUGCAGCGGGGCGGCUUGCAGGUUGUUGUGUUACCUGACACAGUGUCAAACUGCUGCGAGGGGGACAUUCUCCUGCUGCUGGACUCCUCGGGCAGUGUAGCCAACUACGAGUUCUCACGCCUCCUGCGCUUCACCGCCAAGCUACUCCGCCCCUUCCUGUUGGGUCGCGGCCACGUGAGAGUGGGGCUUCUGCAGGUGGGAACCAAUCCGAAUUUGGAGUUUGGCCUGGACGUGCACCGCAAACAGGAAAGUCUACAGAAAGCUCUCCUGGGGGUGAGUCAGCUCCAGGGGGACACAAACACCAAAGCGGCACUGGGGGUGGCUCAGCGCGUCCUGACGGACGCCCGUGCCCCCAAGGUUCUUCUCUGGCUGACUGACGGCGUGGAGCUGGGCGAGGUGGACGAGCCCAUCACGCUGAUGAAGGAGCGUGGGGUUUUUGUUUUGAUUGUGUCCACGGUGCACGGAAACUUCCAAGUGUUGCAGCGUGCGGUGUCCCCUCCUGUGGAGACCCACCUGUACUCUGUGGACAUCGACAACAUGGACAUCAUCACCGAAGACCUGCGGGCGGCCAUUAUCGAAAUUAUCCAAGCGGAGCGACUGCGUGUGGCGGGCGUCACAUCCCGUAGCGCCGUGCUGCAAUGGCGCCCUGUUUUAAGCCGGCACAGCGGCUUCUAUGAGUUGUGGUAUCACGCCAAAGACGAUACGCAAACGGAGGCGAGACGCUUCCUUACGGGCGAAUCAAGCCGGGAGGAGCUCACCGACCUUCAGCCUGAGACCAGCUACUCCGCCUUCCUGCGACCCGAGUCCAACCGGAGGCUUUUCAGCACCCUCACUGUGAGCUUCACCACGCUUCCCGAUGUUCUGAGCCCCGCUGUGGUCUCGGUGUCCGACUCCGGCCCCCGUCAGACCCGAGUGAGCUGGGGUCCCCUGCAGCCAGCUCAGGUCCAGAGUUACACGGUGGAGUACGGAACCAUUCCAAGCGGAGCGGUGCAAAGGGUGACGCUGCCGAGCCAUCGGAACUCCACUGUGCUUAGCGGCCUGGAGCCGGGUACUCAAUACCUGGUCACAGUCAGUGCUUUGUACAAGGAUGGGAAAGAAAGAGCCUUGUCUGUGAAAGCGUGCACCCAAGAAGCAGCAGCAGCUCCUCCUGCCCUCGCCGACCUUCAGCUGACCCCAUUGGAGCAUGAGGAGGUGCAGGCGGAGUGGAACGCCCGUCACCAGGACGUGAGAGGCUACUGGCUGAACUGGGAGAGGGGGGGCGCCAUCUCUUCCGCGUACUUGCCCCCGUCCUCUCGUUCCACACGACUGGCACACCUCGCCCCGAGCAGCCGAGUGUGUGUGUCUCCAGUGUACCAGUGGGGUCGAGGAGAGGGCGUAUGCUGCAACACAGAAAAGGUACACGGUUAGCAGAACCCCAUGGCGUCCUUCUUCUAUUGUCGUGGGUUUGGUUGGUCACUUUGAUCUGCGGGAAAAGCGCGAACGUGAAAAGAAAAACACAUUUGUUUCACAUGUUUGCACAUGUUGACAUUUGCACAAUUCAACAUGCCUGAAAAGGAGUAGGAAGAGCAUGAUCUUAUUUCCCUACCACUUCUCCAUGUUUCAGCUAUUACCAACUUUUUAACAAUACUUACAAUAAUUUAUGUGUUUAUAUAUUGUCAUUAAAAAGUUGUAUAGUUUAUUUAGGUGUGUUAUUGCAGUAUAUUAUAUUAUGUAUAAAAUAAUAUUACACGUUUGUAGUGAUG